GGACCUUUAUGACAUAUAGUCUUCGCACGUCACCAGCGUGUCUUGGAUACAAUGACUUCUCGCGUUGCACGAGGGGCUGAAUGUGGUCCCCCCUCAUCAACAAAGCCUCUUCUCAACAAUCCUCGUGUACGCUUCUCAAAUCUCGAGUUUCGCAAAGAGGUGAAAAGUCAAAGCCGCCAAAUCAGUAUUGAACCAUAAUUCGGAAGAACCUCUCAUCAAAGCGAUCAACACGUGCCUGAGGAGAGCCAGAUUCAUUAACAUCACUUAAACUCGUCGCAAACUGCGGACCCCGCGGACGCCUUGCCAACUUUCUCGCAGCCAUUCCUCUGGCUGUUAGACAAGAUAUAUAACUCGAAGCCGGCACGACUUGUAUCAAAGCUGUUAUUAAGAAAUCAUGAAAGCCGUUAUUCUCUUCCAAGCGAUAUUCGCUACAGUAUCAUCAUCUACUGCAACCUCAGGAUGCGGAAGCCGACUACCAGGCUCAAUAGAGCGUGGAGGCCCUCGCAACACCAAUCCUCUCGAAUUUGUCACAUCGGCCGGAAUCGUUCGUGAAUAUGGUCUGCACAUCCCAACUUCUUACGAUAGCAAUACUCCAACACCUCUGGCCUUUUCAUUUCACGGCCGAACACGAACAUGGCAGGAACAAGAAGAAAUCUCAGGAAUGUCAAACGAAACCAUGAAUCCGAACUACCUCGUCGUCUAUCCACAAGGCCUCAAUCAGCAGUGGCAGGGCGAUCCAGAAGCUGUGGGCUACGACGACACUGGCUUCACUCUUGAGCUUCUCGCAAAUCUCUCCAGUACCUACUGCAUGGAUACGAACAAGAUCUAUGCUGCUGGCAAAUCCAACGGCGGUUCAUUCGCAGCGAAUGUUCUUGCUUGUGAUGCCAAAGCCUCAACAAUAUUUGCAGCCUUUGGGGGCAUCUCGGGCGCAUAUUAUCAGGGUGAUAGCGAAGACAACUGCAAUGCGGCGACAGUACCCAUAUCAUGCAAUCCUGGUCGAUCUCCUGUCCCGAUAUUCACCACUCAUGGUGAUGCUGAUGAGACGAUCCCUUACAAUGGUGGCCCUCGUCGCGACCGCUGUCUCCCGAACCUGCCGCAUUUCAUGACAGAGUGGUCUGAACGCAACGGGCUUGGUGCCUCGAACACAUCGGUCUCGCUUUACCACAAAGGUGUCAUUCGUUAUGACUACGGUAGCAGCAAGUAUCCUGACAUUAAUGUACAUUACAAAGUGCAUGGUCUCGGACACUAUUGGCCUGCCCUUGCCAACGGAAGCUCAUUUGACGCGACACCUCUUCUUCUUGAUUUUUGGAACACGUGGACAUUGGACGCUGUAAACACCACCUCCUCGGCUACCAGCACAUCUUCGGGGAACCCAACAGCUUCUAGCACAUCUGUCACGAGUUCUGCUGCCACGUCGAGCAGUGCUGAGGGUAGUCAUCAAGCUAGCCAACAGCAGUGGUACUUCGUAGGACUAGGACUCUUUAGCUUGUUAUUCUUUAUAUAGUUUGUGAGUCCGAUGCAUGAACUCUGAUGUUUCAAUUAGGGCCGAGUUUCCCCUAGUAAACUUAGUAGUGCAAAAGACAUAGACGUCGCAUCUGGUUCAAAUGUGACUUACAGGAUUUGAGUUGAGCAAAAGAGGAGCAAAACGUACAGCAGCAGGAAUUCCC